CAAAUCCAAGAAGGGGCUCUCCUCGUCCUCCAGCUGCUACCUGGAAGAAGCCUUGCAGAGGCCAGUGGCAUCUGACUUUGAGCCCCAGAGUCUCAGUGAAGCAGCUCGAUGGAACUCCAAGGAAAACCUUCUUGCUGGGCCCAGUGAAAAUGACCCCAACCUUUUUGUGGCACUAUAUGAUUUUGUGGCCAGUGGAGAUAACACUCUCAGCAUCACUAAAGGUGAAAAGCUCCGGGUCUUAGGUUAUAAUCACAAUGGGGAAUGGUGUGAAGCCCAAACGAAAAAUGGCCAAGGAUGGGUACCAAGCAACUACAUCACCCCUGUCAACAGUCUGGAGAAACAUUCCUGGUAUCAUGGGCCUGUGUCCCGAAAUGCCGCUGAGUAUCUGCUGAGCAGUGGGAUCAACGGCAGCUUCUUGGUGCGGGAGAGUGAGAGUAGUCCUGGCCAGAGGUCCAUCUCCCUGAGAUAUGAAGGGAGGGUAUACCACUACAGGAUCAACACCGCCUCUGAUGGCAAGCUCUACGUCUCCUCGGAGAGCCGCUUCAACACUCUGGCUGAGUUAGUUCACCACCAUUCCACGGUGGCUGAUGGGCUCAUCACCACGCUCCACUACCCAGCUCCUAAGCGCAACAAGCCAACCAUCUACGGCGUGUCCCCCAACUAUGACAAGUGGGAAAUGGAGCGCACCGACAUCACCAUGAAGCACAAGUUGGGUGGAGGCCAGUAUGGGGAGGUGUACGAAGGUGUGUGGAAGAAGUACAGCCUGACUGUGGCUGUGAAGACCUUGAAGGAGGACACCAUGGAAGUGGAAGAGUUCCUGAAGGAGGCUGCAGUGAUGAAGGAGAUCAAACAUCCUAACCUGGUACAGCUGCUAGGGGUGUGUACCCGGGAGCCCCCAUUCUACAUCAUCACGGAGUUCAUGACCUAUGGUAACCUGCUGGACUACCUAAGAGAGUGUAACCGGCAAGAGGUGAGCGCUGUGGUGCUGCUCUACAUGGCCACACAGAUCUCAUCAGCCAUGGAGUACCUGGAGAAGAAGAACUUCAUCCACAGAGACCUUGCUGCUCGAAACUGCCUGGUUGGGGAAAACCAUUUGGUGAAGGUGGCUGAUUUUGGCCUAAGCAGGUUGAUGACAGGGGACACCUAUACGGCCCAUGCUGGAGCCAAAUUCCCCAUCAAGUGGACCGCGCCCGAGAGCCUGGCCUACAACAAGUUCUCUAUCAAGUCAGACGUCUGGGCAUUUGGAGUAUUGCUCUGGGAAAUUGCUACCUAUGGCAUGUCACCUUACCCAGGAAUUGACCUGUCACAGGUUUAUGAGCUGCUGGAAAAAGACUACCGUAUGGAGCGCCCUGAAGGCUGCCCGGAGAAGGUCUAUGAACUCAUGCGAGCAUGUUGGCAGUGGAAUCCCUCUGACCGGCCCUCCUUUGCUGAAAUCCACCAAGCCUUUGAAACCAUGUUCCAGGAGUCCAGUAUCUCAGAUGAAGUGGAGAAGGAGCUGGGGAAGCGGGGCACGAGAGGAGCUGCUGGCAGCAUGCUGCAGGCCCCAGAGCUGCCCACCAAGACCAGGACCUGCCGGAGAGCUGCAGAGCAGAAAGACGCAGCUGAUGCCCCCGAGCUUCUCCACAUGAAAGGCCUGGGAGAAAGCGAUGUGCUGGACAGUGAGCCUGCUGUAUCACCACUGCUUCCUCGAAAAGAGCGUGGGCCCCCAGAUGGCACCCUAAAUGAAGAUGAACGCCUUCUUCCCAAGGACAAAAAGACCAACUUGUUCAGCGCCUUGAUUAAGAAGAAGAAGAAAAUGGCGCCAACGCCCCCGAAGCGCAGCAGCUCCUUCCGUGAGAUGGAUGGCCAGCCAGAACGCAGAGGGCCUAGUGAGGAUGAUGGCCGGGACAUCAUCAACGGGCCACCAGCUCUCACCCCCUCAGAUGCAGCAGAGCCUACCAAGUCCCCAAAGGCCAGCAAUGGGGCUGGUGUCCCCAAUGGAGCAUUUCGGGAGCCAGGCAGCUCGGGCUUCCGUUCUCCCAACCUGUGGAAAAAGUCCAGCACACUGACCAGCAGCCGCCUGGCUGCCAGUGAAGAGGAGAGUGGCAUCAGCUCCAGCAAGCGAUUCCUGCGCUCUUGCUCAGCCUCCUGCAUGCCCCAUGGGGCCAGGGACACAGAGUGGCGGUAAGUCACGCUGCCUCGGGACCUGCCGUCUGCUGGUAAGCAGUUUGACUCAUCCACCUUUGGAGGACACAGGAGCGAAAAGCCAGCUCUGCCUCGGAAGCGUGCCAGUGAGACCAGGUCUGAGCAGGUGGCCAGAGGCACCGUGACUCCCCCUCCCCGGCUGGUGAAGAAGAGCGAGGAGGCUGCUGAUGAAGUCUUCAAGGACAUGGAAUCCAGCCCAGGCUCCAGCCCUCCCAGCUUGACUCCCAAGCUCCUCCGUCGGCAGGUCACUGCCUCUCCUUCCUCUGGCCUCUCUCACAAGGAAGAGACCACCAAGGGCAAUGCCUUGGGGACUCCUGCUACUGCUGAGCCAACACCCCCCAGCAGCAGAGUGGGCCUUAACAAGGCCUCCUCUGAGGAGAGCCGAGUAAGGAGGCACAAACACAGCUCAGAGUCCCCAGGGAGAGACAAGGGGCGGCUGUCCAAGCUCAAGCCUGCCCCACCACCUCCACCUGCCUCUGCAGGGAAAGCCGGAAAGUCUGCGCAGAGCCUUGGCCAAGAAGUGGCUGGCGAGGCAGGUGGGGCUGCCAAGACAAAAUGCUCAAGUCUGGUUGUGGAUGCUGUGAACAGUGACCCCACCAAGGCUGGCCAGCCUGGAGAAGGACUAAGAAAGCCUGUUUCCCCAUCUGUGCCAAAGCCUCAGUCCACCAGUAAGCCUCCAGGGACCCCUACCAGCCCGGUCUCCACAGCCCCCACAGCGCCAACACCUUCAUCCCUGCCUGGGGAUCAGCCAUCUUCUGCCGCCUUCAUCCCCCUCAUAUCAACCCGUGUGUCUCUUCGAAAGACCCGCCAACUGCCGGAGCGCAUUGCCAGUGGCACCAUCACCAAGGGUGUGGUUCUGGACAGCACUGAGGCCCUGUGUCUUGCCAUCUCCCGGAACUCAGAGCAGAUGGCCAGCCACAGUGCUGUGCUGGAGGCUGGCAAGAACCUGUACACGUUCUGUGUGAGCUACGUGGACUCCAUCCAGCAGAUGAGGAACAAGUUUGCCUUCCGUGAGGCCAUCAACAAGCUGGAGAGCAACCUCCGAGAGCUGCAGAUCUGUCCUGCGACGGCUUCCAGUGGCCCAGCUGCCACACAGGACUUCAGCAAGCUGCUUAGCUCUGUGAAGGAGAUCAGCGACAUCGUACAGAGGUAGCAGCAGCCAUUGCAUGCCAGCCAGAGAUGCCGCAGUCCAUGGGGCUUUUGUGCCCGUCAGAUGGGGGACAGAGGACUGGGGAGCUGGCAUCUUGGCCCAGGAGCUUUACAAAGCAUCAGGCAGAGCCAGGGCCUGAUGGGAUCGGCCCCUCUGCUUGUGUUGUGCACCAGCUGCCCUGCACCUUUCCUCCCCAGCCCAGGCACCCUGAGCCACCUGUCUUUACUGCCUAGGUGUGGACCUCCUGCUCUGAGGACUGCAGCUGGCCUGCCAGGCCACCAGGCUCAUCCCUCUCCAGUGCCUCACAUCCAGCUCCAUGGCCAGCUGCAUGUGCUCAGAAGGACUGUCCUUUCCAUGUCCUCGAAGGAGAACAUGGUCCUGUGAUGCGCCUUGUCACCAAGGCAUGGGAGUCCCUGGGCUUGCUGUCCCUAAACCUUCUGUGCUUAGGACCUGUCCCAGAGAGAUUUUCUCAUGUGAAGGAAGCUGUUUAUUUGAGGGUCAUGAGGUGCUAAAACCAAGGGUCUAGGUGGGUGGGUACUGGAAACAGAGCUGGGGCAGUGUGGUCUGUCAUCUAUUCUUUAUAUCCUCAGUGGUGUACCCUGCACAUCCUGGAUAGCAAGCUUCAGUUUCAUGGGUGACAGUCGCUGGUUGGCUAGGCCAAGGCAAGUGCUCCAGGGAGUCCCAAAGAUCUGAAUUUCUGAGCAGUUGUCUUCCCCUCUCCUGCUCCUGAAGUCAGGCUCAUCCUCUCUGGUCCUUGCCUUGAUAAUGGGGGUCCGGUUUUCUGGUGGUUUUGAGCAUUUUAAAGCUCUGCACAGAAAGGAGCAACCACUAGGCACAGACAGCUAGGAAGGCUCACUUGAGCCCUGGCUGCUCCUCAGAGCUGCUGCUUAACCACCAAGAGCAGUGCUUAGCCCAGUGCCCCGGGAGGCACUGCAGCACAGGCUGGGGCAGAGUCGACUUUGCAGGCUUAGCCAGGCCAUGUCCUCCCAUGUCCUCCUUCCCCAGCAGCCAGGACCAGAGCUGAGAAGAGACAGGCGUGGGCGGCUCCUUGACUGUGACCCGGAGCAGUCAGCUGAAGAGCGGGUGCCUGCCUAGACCUUGUACUGGGCCAGGCGAGGCACCGCCACACUCCCCACUUCUCCACUCGGCUGCACUGCGCCGGCCCCAGUCCCACACUAAUCACCUAGACUCGGGUUGUGCUUUUCUGGUAGAGAUGAUUUCCUCUGGAUUGUUCUUCCAUAGUCCUCAUAGCACAUCCCCUCCUUGCCUCCAGCGGCUGUUCUACAGCCCGAGGGAGGCAGUACCACACUGCCAGCGGCCUUGAAAAGCCAAACACCCCCGUGCCCUGACACCGUGUUCACAAGGUACCGACUGGUCUGUUGUUGCUGACAUGAUGUGCCACUAUAUUUUGCAUUAUACUUUGGUAUUACACUUUUUUUUAAUAGACUUGCUCUCCAAAAAAUGACAUGUAAAUAGUUCACCACUGUGCCCACUCUGGCACACGGUCGGCAUUUCCCUUUUUCUCAGUCCAGUACAUUUUGUUCUGUAUAUGACUGUGUUUUUUGAAUCCAAAUCUCUCUGUAGUAUUUUUUAAAUAAAUAAGUGUUUACAGAACUAUU